ACGUCCGUAGUCCGCACAAUACACGAACAAACAUUACAACUUCAAGCGUUUUAGAGAGAGAAAGUGUGUAUUUAGAGAGAGAAAGGGAGGGAGAGGAUAGGGGUUGAGUAUUUGGGCGAAUUCUGGGUUUAGGGUAGAGCAGCGGCAGACAUGGAGAGCAAAGUGGAUGAGGUUUCUGUUGAGCUCUCAGCUCCUCCUGCUUGGAAGAAGAAGUUUUUGCCCAAGAAGGGAGGCACACCAAGGAAAAAUGAAAUCAUAUUCAUUUCUCCGACAGGAGAGGAGUUUAAUAGUAAAAAACAAUUGGAGAAAUACCUAAAAGCACAUCCUGGUAACCCCGCAAUAUCAGAGUUUGAUUGGAGCACUGGUGAAACCCCUAGGAGAUCAGCUAGGAUCAGUGAAAAGGUCAAGGUGGCUCCAUCACCAGAGAGCGAGCCUCCAAAAAAGAGAGGCCGAAAAUCAUCAGGUUCAAAGGACAAAGUGGAAGCUUCUGGUGGAGAAGCUGAUGCUACAAAUGAAAUUCAAAUGAAAGAUGCAGAGGUAGAUGAGAAGAAAGAUGCAGAAUGUGAGAAACAGAAGGAUGCAGAAGCCGAGAAAGGGAAAGAUGCUUUGAAGGAAAAUCAGGUUGGCAAUGGAGGAAAAACUGAGGAAGAAACUGACCAGACUAAGCCAGAGGAUGGUAAGGAUAAGACCCUGACUGAUGCUAAGGAAACUCUAGGUGAGGAGAAAAAGGAAGAUGCAGUAGAGGAAAAACCCGCUGAGGAAGCAGCUGAAAACAACAAAGAAGAUGUACCGCAAGCUGAGGGAGGAAAAGCAGAUGGAACUAGUGACAAGAAACAGGAUGACAUAGCUACUGUGACUGUUGAAGCAAAUGGGGCAGCAGAGAAAGAGAAUCUGGAUGGAACCGCACCUCCUAUGGGCGGAGAGAUCAAAAUGAAACAUGAUGCAGCAGAGAACGAUGGGAAAUGCAAUGCUCAAGCUGAAGAGAAAGUCAAGCCCAAGGAUGGGGAGGUUGUUGAAAAUGGUAAGGUUGAGCAAGUGGCGCAAGCGGAUGCCCCUCUAUAAUUGAGCAGCUGAACAUGCUCUACCACCUCUCCGGUGAGUUGUUGAAUGUUCUGUACCAUUUAUUGCAGUUGGGAUUCUGUUACAUCUCUUGAACUUUGUUUCGCCCCCUUUGUUACAGUGACUCCGGGAGUUAUGGAUGAUUGUAAUGUUAAUGUUGUUAAUGUUAGACUUAACUGUAUCUAGGGAACCAACCGGUCUGGUAGAAUAGGUCUUACUUGUAGAUUCUGCAACUAUGGUUAUGGAGUAGCUUAGAUUGUAGAAUGUAAGAGGUACUUAUUGGACCGGUUGCGUUUUAGUCAUCAGUAGAUGGUCACUUGGUACCAUUUGUUUGUUAACUUGUUCCUUUGUUAAUGUGACUAAAGUUUUAAUUACCUUGU